CGUGUUUGAACGAGCCAUCAUCCAAUGCAUAGGCUGUUUUCCAACAGGGACUUUUGCAGCAUUUCGAAACGCUUUACAGCACAACGAAGAAUUCCGUUACCAGGGUAACAGUCCAUUCUCGCACGCUAUUGGGUGGAACGCAGCCGGAAAGCUGUUCGCUGUCAUGGAAGCUGCGUUGGUUGAACAGAUGCCCGUCUUUUGUUAACGAUUUUCUAGUGUUAUCCCAAUUAAAUCAAUCGUACGCUUACCUUUAUGUAAAAUACAGCACGCCAUGGCCGAAAAGUUUGAUAAUCUCGAAGAACACCUCGAGAAAUUCGUCGAAAACAUACGACAGCUUGGGAUUAUUGUCAGCGAUUUCCAGCCCAGCAGUCAAACCGGACUCAACCAGAAACUGAACUUUAUGAUCACAGGACUGCAGGACGUUGAGAAAUGCCGACAGCAGCUUCAUGAUAUCAACGUACCGCUGGAAGUGUUCGAGUAUAUUGAUCAGGGCCGUAACCCUCAACUCUACACAAAGGAGUGCUUAGAAAGAGCUUUGGCUAAAAAUGAGCAGGUCAAAGGAAAGAUCGACACAUUGACUAAAUUUAAAAGCCUCCUCAUUUCUGAGCUGGGCAAGGUUUUUCCUGAAGAGAUGGCUAAAUAUAAGGCUAUUCAUGGAGAUGACCCUCCUUCAUGAGUUAGCAGUGUCACAACACUU